AUGGAAGGUAAGAACCAGACAGUAGUGACUGAAUUUCUCUUAUUGGGCCUCACAGAUCAUCCCUAUCAGAAGAUUGUUCUCUUCUUCAUGUUUUUCUUUGUUUAUCUUAUCACCCUGGGAGGUAACUUGGGGAUGAUCACUUUCAUAUGGAUUGAUCCCAGACUCCACACUCCUAUGUACUUUUUUCUUAGGCACUUGUCCUUUGUAGAUAUGUGUUCCUCUUCUUCUGUUGCCCCUAAGAUGCUGUCUAAUAUCUUUGCAGAGAAAAAAGGCAUCACUUUUCUGGGUUGUGCUGCACAGAUGUGGUUCUUUGGUCUCUUUGAGGCAACUGAGUGUUUUCUCCUGGCCGCCAUGGCAUAUGACCGGUAUGUGGCCAUCUGCAAGCCCUUGUUCUAUAUGCUCAUUAUGUCUCAGCAGGUCUGUAUGCAGCUGGUGGUAGGGCCUUAUGCCAUGGCUCUUAUAAGCACCAUGACUCAUACAAUUUUCACUUUUUGCUUACCCUUUUGUGGUUCAAAUAUUAUCAAUCACUUUUUCUGUGAUAUUUUUCCACUGCUUUCCCUAGCAUGUGCAGACAUCUGGGUGAAUAAAUUUGUGCUGUUUGUCUUGGCUGGAGCUAUAGGAGUACUCAGUGGUCUGACCAUCAUGGUCUCCUAUAUUUGCAUCCUGAUGACAGUCUUGAAGAUCCAGACUGCUGAUGGGAAGCAAAAAUCUUUCUCCACCUGUUUUUCUCACCUUGCAGCUGUCUCCAUCCUGUAUGAGACUCUUUUCUUGAUUUAUGCUCGGCCAAGUUCAAGUUCCUCCCUGGGUAUCAAUAAAGUGAUUUCUCUAUUUUAUACUGUGGUAAUCCCCAUGGUUAACCCCCUUAUUUACAACUUGAGGAAUAAGGAGGUGAAAGAUGCAUUCAGAAGAAAAUUUGAAAGGAAAAAAUUUAUUAUAGGUAGGUAA